AUGGAGCAGGCCUCAGUGGUCAGCGGCCACGCCGUCCGGUCGCCCUCGAUGGUGUCUGUGGGUGGCAAUGGCAGGUGGCUGGCGUAUGGCUGCGCCAGCGACAUGGUGGUUGUGUGUAGUCUGCUGGACGACAGUAGGGAACGACACUCAUCGCGUGCAGAGGACUUUGCUGGUGCGAUGCGGAUCGUCUCACUGGAGUCCGGGGAGGUCUUGUCCGUGGUUGCGUUGCACCAAAGCAAAGAUCUGCUCUGCAUUGGAACUGCGCAUCAUGGCUUGUACUUAACCACGGCGUCGAACCCCAUUCUUAGUAACACAACCACGCGACUACCAACGCGCCUCACAGGAGAAAACGUUUUUGUAGCUUGCUUUAUCGACGGUCACGAAAAGGGGUCCGACGUGGUUGUGACUUCUUGCGGCUCUCAGGAGUUGGCGAAGGAACGUUUUAGGCUCUCGCUGUGGGACGUGCAAGCACGGUUGCUGCUGUGGCGCGGGUGUGCGGACGCUCUGGAUACCGUUGUGCCGUUACCAGGCACCUUUGGCUUUGCCUCCUGCACACAGCGGGAGAUUACGCUGUGGACGGUACAACCACCCGGCGAGGGUGCGGCGGGUGCGACGAAUGGGCACCGCGGUAAAAGUGGCGGCAGGGAAAACACAAAGGGUGAGGAAGGCGGGGGCAGGGGCUUCACGGUUUUGAGCAAGUCAUGCAGCGCCGUGAAUGAGUUGCGGGACGUGGAGUUUGUUGCUGUGGUCCCGCCCAGAGGGGCCGAGGACCUUUUGACGGUGCUAACGGCCGUGGGAUUUUUGGUGUCGUUUGACUGCCGCAGCGGGGCACCCGUAAAGUGGAUGGACUGCAAAGUAUGUCCCGCUACCGCCGCGUAUCGUAUGGCGGACGACAUCAUAGUCUGUGGGCCGAUGGUCCGCUUUUUUUCCCUUGACAAGUGGGAGUUCCGCGGCAAGCUCAAGCAACAUGCGUCCCCCGCCGCUGUAAGCUCGUCGUUUCCCGCGCGACUGGUGGACUCACUCUGCACCGGGGCUGCCGUGUGUGGGGAGGAUCGAGUCGUUUUCUUUUUCAGUGGAGGAGGCGUGUCGCGAUACCGUGUCGUCAGGCCCACGAGCGGGGCAUCCAAGCUGGCGUUUCAUCACGUCUAUCAGUACACUCCGGUCUUGCCAGAGGAGGCCCCGCUACGCUGGAUUCCAUUAGCCACAGAUGCGCUUUGUUUGUGGUCCCCGCGGCGCUUGCGCCUGUACGACACGAGAUUUUGGAAGAACACAAGCAUGGCGCUUGAAAGUAAUUGCGUCGUCUACAAUCCCAGCUUGGGUGUGUUACUGGCCUACGACUCUGCGGCCUAUGAAAUUGUUGCGAUUGCGCCCGACCUGGAGCGUGAACUUUGCCGCCUCGGCGUCGCUGAGCCGCUAACGAGCCUGGUCGUUCAUGAGGAGACCCAGUUGGCGUGUCUUUCCUUGGACGGCAGUUUAUUCUACUUCAGUGGGCAGUGGCGUGGCAGAGGUGAGUUUGCCCUGCAAGGGCUGCGCUCAACGCGCUUGACCGGGUUGAAGGCGCCGCCGACACAGUUGGUGUCCGUGAAAGGCGCUUUGUAUGCUGCGUCAACGCACCUCGUCGUCAACCUCCAGACUGGGGAAAAUGCCAGCUUCGCGGACGACAUCAUCUCUUUCGUCGUCGCAGGCAACACACUGUUGCUGGCCCAUCGUCAUCGCUGUGUGGUGUUGGACCCCAGUACAAUGCAGUGUAUCGGCGAACCUCUGCAGGCACCCGGGCUGGAGGAGGCGGUUCCCUCUCCAGCAGGUGAUGUUUUCGCUCUGCGCAGCGGGGGGAAGCUCUCUAUUGUGUCUCUCAAGGACCUACGGCCGGUGGCGCACCUCUCGCUCCAGCGGGAGGCGAGUAACCUUGGGUCUGCCACUAUCAUUUCUCUCGGCUUUACCGCCGACGGGAGCUCCUUGGUGUUGUGUGACUCGAGGGGUCUCUUUUUUGUGCACCGACUUGGAAGCCUCGUGACGGGGGCCGCAAGUGACGUCAAAGGGGUGCCGCGACAGCAGCUUGAGCGUGGAGGCAAUAGGCGUUCGCAUUCAUGCGAUGGGCCGACAAACAACGAGCUGCAGUCCCGCUUUCGGGACCUUCACGGUUUCUACGAAACCACCCGACGCACGCACAAGGAGCGUGAAGGAGGUCAAAAGCGAGCGAGCUCCGUGACCUCUGCAGCUCCGCGACGAAGCACAGCAACAACGACAAGCUCCAGUGGGGUUUUGAUUCUGGCGCGCGGGGACAGCAUACUUCAGCUGCCAUCGGCGUCGACCAGCCAACAGCUCCCCUUGCUGCGGAAGUGGGAGUCGGACCGCGCACCAACGGAGUUGCCGCAGGUGGUGAGCGCCACGGAAGGUCCCGACGUGGGCGUCUCCACGUCUGUGGUGGAGGUCUCAGCCCUUACUUCUCUGGAUUCUGUAAUGAAUUUUAACUUGCACACCGUUGCGGAGAGCGAGGCGGCCCUGACCCCGUCAAUUGCUGCCGAUCUCCUCGUAAGGGAGCGGGAGAAGGUGACAUUUACCGAUGCCCCGACGUACGUGGUGCGAAGUCCGGCACGAAAGGGGCAGCCAUCGUUAAGCCCAAGCGUAACACCUGAGGAUGACGUUGUGAACGUUGACUCCAUUGAGAAUGAGGAACUGCGGAAGGAGUUACACCACGACCCCUUGAAUUUGGGUGUUGCCCCAUCAAAGGCGGCGCUCUCUGUGGCGUCCAACUCAUCGAGUUCGGUGAGAGCUCGUUCCUGCGAGCUGCGCGACGCGCUGAGGGAUCUCGCUGAGGCGUACGAGCAGCAAGGCCAAGAGGAAUCUGCAGACGUCGCAAACACCAUUGAUUCAGAGACGGUGGGGGAGAUGUUUUACACGGUGAGUCGCCUGUACGCGCGGAUGCAAUCCCGCCAGCCGCGGCGACCAGACAGCGCGGGCAGCGUCGCCUGCAGUGACGUCUCCACCGCGUCUGUCAACGUUAUUUUGGCCGAUUUGCAGCGCUUGCAGCUCCAGAGCAGCCGCAUCGAGGCGCAAAACGAAGUGAUUCUCAUGAGACUUGGGCUAAAGUGA